CUGCCAAGCACGUGGCGUCGGGGACCAGCCGAAAGAAGCCCUAACCGUCGGCUGCAAUCAUUGGUGGCAUUUCUGACAAGCACCCCUUGCAGCGGCCGUAGGGCGAUAAGCAUUGAGCAUUGUUGCGGAAUGUGGAGGCAAGUCGAGGCGAUUGGCCUUCAUGCCUGCUCCUCUCGUGUUUAAUCACUCCCUGACGUGGCCGUUUAAAGUUUCUUCUAGCAUGACGGGCUCUUUGACCGGCUACCACAUUGCCUUCAGCUGUGUACCAUACAUCUUCACUCCUGGAUUCAACUUUGUGUGGUUGACGGCAACUUCUUCUCUCAUCAUACAGGAGCCGAAGGAGAUCUCUGUAGAAAGGGACGGGCGAGAGUCGUCACAGCUAGACUUUGUGAAGAGCCGGGGCUGCGGCCAGAAUGCAUCGAUAAGCGAAGUGCCGGAAACGCGAGGGCACCGCCACACGGCCCAUGACCUAGUCGGGCAUUGGUUUGUCCGAGCUGACCCCUUUGAGGCAUUCAGCCGGCCGUGGCGUCUGGUCGUGCCAGUGAUUUUGGUAGUGCGAUAUCCUUGGCUGAACCGUCGUUCCAUGGAUGCGAGUCAUCGGCCGGCCAUUGUGAAGGCUCAGGGAGGCUGAAAGACAGGAAUCAACAGGAUUCUAGAAGCAAUCGAAAUCAGCAUAGCAAGACCAGAUAUUGGGCGCGCACCAAGGCGAGAGAAGAUUUUCCGGGAGGAAGGGUCCACGCCAACUAGCCUUCAAGAAGAUGUGGAUUGCUAUCAGGUGGUGAAGUCACAUUGUAGGAAAUGAAGGAG